UCGAAGGUUGAUCACGUGACUUUGCUUUUUUCCUUCACACGUCGCAAAGCAUCGUUCGUCGCCAUUUGCGUUUAGCUUUUCGCGAGCAGUUGUUGUUUGAAUAAGCGUAUUAACUCUUAUUCAUUAGUAGAUUUAGAAGUUUAUCGAGAUGUCAAGACGAGGUAGUGGAUUUACAGGGGCAAAUGCGAUUCCGCUGGGACCGCGAAACCCCGCAAUUGGGUCAAAAAGGACAUUUUCUGCGACGCCUCCGUCGGAAAAACAACCAUCGCUUUUGAAACCUCAAAUGCCUCCACCGCAACAACAUUCCCAGCCUUCACCACAGCAAAGCAGUAAUGCUGCUGCAGCGCUUAGGGCUGCCCAGGCUGCUGCUGCCAGCUUGCAACAAAAGAAAUUUAGCUCUGCACCAGCACCACCGCUCAUGCAAGCCCCACCACCUCAGCCGUCUAUGCCUACAACGCCGCAGCAGACGUCUGAUGAACGUGGCCGACCAAGAAAGAAACGUAGCCGCUGGUCGACGCCGGAAGUGAAAACUGACAUUCCUGGUAUCCCAUCCACAAUGCCUGCUAAUUUGAGUAAAGAACAGCAACAAGCAUACAUAGUUCAGCUACAGAUCGAAGAUGUGACGAGAAAGUUGAAAUCUGGCGACCUUGGUAUUUCACCUAACCCUGAAGACAGGUCUCCUUCUCCGGAACCGAUUUACAAUAACGAGGGAAAGAGGCUGAAUACCAGGGAAUACAGAACAAGGAAGAGACUGGAAGAAGAACGUCAUAAACUGAUUCAGGAUAUGAUUAAAAUAAAUGAAAACUAUAAGCCUCCUGUCGAUUAUAAGCCUCCUGUCCAACGCAUUAGCGAGCAGAUCAAUAUUCCAUCUGAUUUGAAUCCGAGCAUUAAUUUUGUUGGCUUGCUUAUCGGACCAAGAGGAAAUACAUUGAAGAAGAUUGAAAAAGAGUGCAAUUGUAAAAUCAUGAUUCGUGGCAAAGGAUCAGUGAAAGAAGGAAAGAUUGGGCGGAAAGAUGGUUUGCCAUUACCUGGUGAAGAUGAACCACUGCAUGCCCUCAUCACUGGAACUACUAUUGAAAGUGUGCAGAAAGCCAGCAAAGAGAUUCACAAGAUUAUAAAGCAGGGAAUUGAACAACCAGAAGGUCAGAAUGAUCUAAGAAAACUCCAGCUUAUGGAGUUGGCAAGAUUGAACGGAACUUUGAGAGAUGAUGCUUUGCCAAGAGAACGUGAAUGGCUUAAACCAGAGAACCAGAAUGUCACAAACACCACCGUGUGUACAAAAUGUGGGGGCAGAGGUCAUCUCUCACAAGAUUGUAUGGCAAUGGCUCCGAGUAUGGGGCUCCAACAAAACCCCCAAGCCCCCAUGAACCAGGUUGACAAAGCUAAAAUGGACAGUGAGUACCUGUCGCUCAUGGCUGAGCUUGGAGAAGGACCACCACCCUCUGAUAACAGCAACAGCGGAGGUGGGAACAAGAGUUCUGGUGGUGGGGGAGGUUUUGGAGGUCAAAGGCCACCAUGGGGUGGCGGUGGAGGGCAGAAUAAGAAUGAUGAUAAGCCUCCUCCAUUGAUGGGAACUAAUUUCGGUCCAUAUCCAGGGCCACCAUCUCAGAGUUUAAUGGGUACCCCUCCGCCAUGGAUGAGAGGUGGUCCCCGAGGGGGAAGAGGCGGGAAUUUCAGAGGUCGAGGAUUCCGUGGGGGUAGAGGAGGUUAUGGUGGACGUGGAGGGGGAGGACCGAAUAAUUACGGAGGUGGGGGGAACAAUUUUGGAGGAGACGGAUACGGAAAUGCAGGAGGCGGAUAUGGUGGAUUCAACUCAAAUAAUGAUAUGGAAGGUGGUGGCAAUAUGGGCUGGGGUGGCAAUCAAUAUGACAACAGCAAUAUGGGAGGAUAUGGACCCAGUGGGAUGGACAAUUCAGGGAGUGGGGGUAAUAUGGGAGGUUUUAAUAACCCCCCACCUCCUCCACCCCCAAGUAAUGCCCCACAGCCCCCUCCUCCCCCAAGUUCGGACAGUGGGAGCUGGCAGCAGAAUCAGUGGGGCCAAAAUGAUGAUAAAGAUAAUAAAAAAGGAAGCAAGAGUGAUAAAAAAGAUAGUUCAGGUAACCAGAAUUCUGGCAACAACAUGAUGGGAGGCGGAGGAAACAACAUGAUGGGCGGAGCUAACAAUAUGAUGGGCGGGGCCAACAUGAUGGGGAGGAGGAAUGAUGGGCGGCUAUGGCAAUAGUAUGGGGAUGGGGUACGGCAUGUGGGGUCCCAUGGGUAAUGGAAUGGGUCAACCUCCCAUGCCCCCAGGGCCCGGUCCAGUCCCACCACCGCCCCCUGGUGGUAGCGGAAGCAAUAAUAACUCAAGCACGGAUGGUUCUAAUAGCAUGAACCAAUGGGGAAUGGGUGACAAUAGUAUGGGGUACAAUAACAUGGGUUAUAAUAUGGGUAUGGGGAUGAUGCCUUUCGGGAUGCCCCCAGCCCCACCUCCCCCUCCACCCUCCUCGUAAAAGACAUAAAUAAAUAAAUAAACGGUUCCUGUUCUAUUGAGAUGAAUUGUUUGGGUCAAUUCAAGCCUCUUUAACAACUGCUUUUUGGGAGCGUAUAACUUGCAGAGGCUUUCAUGUUAAAAAACUGAUCGAGAUAUUUGAAGACUUUCAAUUUUCAGGCCGUGCAAGAUUCAUUAAUAGAUUGUUCGUUUUUCCAUUAUAUUAACAAUUUUAUUAGGUUGUUGAACUGAUAACUUACAUAUUUCUAGCUUGUAUAAGAUUCGGAAAUUGACUAUUUUAGGAACAUUUUUAUCAGGAGCUUUUUCAGUGCCAAUGACUGUUCGUCUAAAGCAGUGGUACCCACUUUAUGUUUUACCUCUUUUCGUUUUAGAUACCGCCAAUUGUUAAAUUAUUAUGACAUGUUAAGCGUUGUGUAUAUUCAUAUCAAUUCGAAUAUACCGGUAAAAUUAAAUAUACAUACCGGUAUAGGCUCCUUGCGGACAAUUCGCUCUCCUGGCCUGCGAAUAUUCUUCCACUUCUAAUUUUGACCAAUGUUCAAUUAACUUUGGGAACCACUGGCUUCUAAUCCUCGAUGUUUAAACAUCCCAGCUGUUAAUAAUAAUAAUAGUACAUGAAUAGAUGAUAAAGCAGCUAAAUAUUUUGCUGUUACUAUAAUCAGCGAUGUGCGUGAAUUACUGAUUUGUUUUCCAGUUCUUGUCCCUAUCAGUUUAUAAUCUUUCAUCUUAUUUGUUUUGCGACAUUCCCUCGUGUGGAGAUGGAGAACCUUCUAUCGUAAAGCAUUGGCUGAAAAUUUUUUAUGAUUUGUCAAUACCAUACUAUUUUUAUGGUGUAAGACCAGUGUGCAGCCUGCGGACCGCGGGCCAAAUGCGGCUGACAAGGAGAACUUGUGCAACCCGAGAUGUGACUAUUUUGAAUGGCGUGAAUUCAGACGAAUUUUUCUAUAGUUUAAUCUGUUAUGUGCAAGCAACCAAAUUUUUUGUGCUUGCAACAACUAGAAAUCCUAUGUUAAAUAAAGGUGAAGCCCCUGCUUUCACUCAGUUAUUUGUAUCUGGCCAUGCUGUAUGAGAAGUUGCAUAUCCCUGGUAUAACUCCACGACAGACGGUUGCUGUUGGCGUCAUCAAGGAAACAACCAAAAAGUGCGCUAAUGUGAAAGAAACCAAGGCAGCAGCAAAGGCCAAUAAAAAAGAGAAGUGACUGGAAGCAUCUGGCGCCCAUCAACAGCCAAAACCUAAAAAAAUGUGUGACAGUUCAGCUUCGUUUGCUAUUUCAUGUUUUUCUCUAUUUCGCUUCUAACCUCCAAAUGUACAGUUUUAUUUGCAAUGUUAUCAUCGCCAACCUUUCGUGAGGAAAAUAAAAUUUCAAUUAUGUUAGAAAUUUAA